AUGUUACGUAAAAGUCAUUUAAAAAGUAAAAUUCAACAUCGUAUACCUGAAUUUGAAAUAAUUGAUAAUGAUGAAACAACAAAUAUUGGACGAAUCUAUCCAUUUUCAACUGAUCUUGAACACUCUGAAUAUGGAAAAGCUGUAGCUGUAAAGCUUCCACAAAAUAUGAAAGCUGAAACAAAGGCAACAUUAUUAAUGGCAACACUCAUUGUUAAAACACGACUUGUUUAA